UGCGCUUUAGAGUUUAUGGUCGGGCAGAUGCAAUUUUCGGAGAUUUUAGUUAAGUUAAGAAUAUGCUCGUUUUGUAGACAGGCCGGGUUUUGCAAGCAUUUUUCACUACUUUUCGCCACUUGAUUUAGUCUUGGACGCGUUUUGCGGUUACCUAUGCGGGUACCACCAGCAGUAUGAUUUACAAAUUCAGAUGAGCAAAGCUACUCGGUUUAGUGCAACAAAACCCAAAUAAAAUGGCAAACAACAACAACAACAGUUCCACUCAAAGCAUCAUCAAGGAACUAUCCGAUUCCAAUCACACCAUUGACCUGCCAAGUCCUCAAGACAAUGAAGAAAUAAACGCGUCCAAAAGCGACGCAAAGACGCAAUGGCUACCCAAAUGGGUAUCGGCGAAACUUGUGAUAUUUUUUAUAAUAACUGGCUACGUAAUUUCGGCAACUGUCUACUUCGUCCGGAAUGCCGACCCACUAGGCUGGGAGGCUUUCAGCAAAACUACCUCAGACGGCUACGGCCUGCUGGUCAUACUGUUCAUAGUUUAUUUAUACGCGCUGGUAUAUAGUUAUUUAUUGAAACCUUAUGCCCUACCCGUGAUAGAAAAGUGGGCGUGGCAACCGGGCAAAGAGCAACUGCGCAGAAUCAAAUAUGGACCGAUGGUGUUUUACGUUGCGAUCGCAGCGGCAACUUUGGGAUAUUUGGGCUUCGAUAUGAGAGACGAUCUAUCCAGGCUGAGGCCGCUUUUGGGUCUGCUGGCGUUCCUUAUUAUUGGCUAUGGACUUUCAGCAAAACGUGCUUUUGUGCCGUGGAACACUGUGGCGUGGGGCCUCAUUCUGCAGUUUAGCAUCGGGUUUUUGACGAUAAGAUGGAGCGUUGGGCGCAACGCUUUGGAAACAUUCUCGGAUCAUGUGAACACUUUCUUGGAUUAUGGUGUGGAAGCAGCCGCAUUUACCUACGGCGACUACAUAGUGAACGAGCUGAAAGUGUUCGCCUUCCGGGCCUUAUCAGUGAUAUUCUUCGUCAACUUCCUAGUCAAUGUGCUUUACUACUACGGUCUGAUGCAGAAGUUUGUAAACAUGUUGGGGGAGUUUCUGCAGUACUUCAUGGGGACGACCAUUUGCGAAAGUGUUAACAGUGUUGCGGUGGCCUUUCUUGGAAUGUCCGAAGGCCCGAUGAUGUUGCGACCUUAUCUGAUCCACCUCACUGACUCUGAGCUCCAUUCAUUGAUGCUAGCCGGCUUUGCCUCCGUAUCAGGCUCCACUUUUGCCGCCUACAUUGGCUACGGAGCCAGAGCCCAGGACUUGGUGACGGCCAGCAUUAUGUCGGCUCCAUCCGCUCUAUGCUUCAGCAAGUUGCUCUAUCCGGAAACUCAGGAGGUGAAAAUCAAGAAAGAGGACGUACACGCGGUGGAAGUCGAAUAUUCUUCAGCUAUUGAUGCCGCCAGCAAAGGCGCUACGGAUGCUUUCCAUCUGAUAGCAGCCAUAAUUUCCGGAGUUACCGCCACAUUGGCGUUCGUCUAUUUCAUCAAUGGCGUCCUGAGCUGGUUUGGAACGCUUGUAGGCUUCACAGAUGCAUCAAACAUGUGGACUUUGGAACUGAUUGCAGGCAAACUGUUCAUUCCAGUGGCGUGGCUGAUGGGAGUUGAGUGGGACGAAUGCGAAAAUGUCGCCCAACUAAUCGGAAUCAAAACGAUGGUCAAUGAGUUUGUGGCAUUCUCCAAAUUGCAGGAGAAAAACCUAUCGCCAAGAGCGACCGUGAUUGCCACUUACGCCAUCUGUGGAUUUUCCAAUCCUGGAUCAAUCGGGAUCAUUAUUUCCACCAUGGCAGCCUUGGCACCGGAAACAAAGACUACAGUCACACGGUUGGUGUUCAGAGCCUUCGUUGGUGGGACUUUAGUCUGUUUUAUGACUGCCUGCAUUGCUGGAGUGCUGAUGCCGGACAGCGCACUUACAACCUAAGCUUUGCUCUUUCAUUCUGUUUUUCCGCAAAAUAUAGACUUUAUCAACUCAA